AUGGCUCCCAAUACAGGUGGAGGUCGUCAGUACACGAGGGACGAGUUGUUAUUUCUGCGAGAUUCACCAUUGGUUGUGAAACCUGCUGGUCUACUGUCUACCGCAGAAUGGAUGGGAGAUCGUGAUGCAAAUCCGCUCCUAGAACACACAAACCGAAGAGCACGAAAUAAUGCAAACCCUGAGAAUAUUCAACUUGUGCCCACCAGAACUACCUUUUCGUCUGCCAACCCUGCACGUAAUGCAAUUAAAGGUAUAGAUUCUCCAGAUCGACCUGCCCUCCGCGAGAGCGAGUCACAAAGCAAACUCAGCUAUCGUACCAAAAUCGAUGAUAGCGACGAUCGUCCCCGCCGUGACAUGCUGCGACCCAAGCCUGGUGAUGGUGUUGACCCUGAGGGUUGGAUGGAGGUAAAGCCUCGAAAGAGCUUUGGUACCGAAGGAGCUGAGCGUUUUACGGGACGUAUGGGUGGGGAGAGACAUCGAGAAGAGAAACGAUUCAAGGAUCGAGACGACCGGGAUGCGAAGGAAAGACCGAGAGGAUUUGAAAAUUUCUCCCGUGACAAGGAUAAGAACCAUGAACAGGAGAAUAAUCGCAGAACUGCAAAUGGUAGGGGAAGAACAGAACCUUCCUGGCUUCGAGAAAACAACGACGGGCCACCGACGUCCCGGGAGCGCAUUGCGAAUGCAGAGAGGUUCGACAAUCGACAUAAGAGCUGGCGAGAGAAGGAUUCUGAUAACCGCGGGGAUAGAGACAAGGGCGACCGACGCUGGGCAGACAGGGACAGAGACCAUGACGAUAAUAAUCGCUCUCUUCCGGAGUGGGCAGCAGAAGACAAAACUAUCCAAAUCUCUCAACGGAAUGACCACCAGAAAUCGCAAAUAUCGACUGCUAACAAUAGUCGCAAACAUACAGCAGAGGAUAUGCAGAAAUGGAAAGAGGCAAUGCAUUCCAAGAACAAACCCGGUGUUAGUGAUACAGUGGUGGAAGAAGUCACACAACCUAAAGUUGACGAGCACACUCCUUUCCCUGACGUACAGAAGGCUAAAAUCCUUGCACCACUUGAUACCGGUACUAAUGAAGAUGGAUUCUUCCGUCUGUGGGCUCCGCCAAAUAAUGAUACCGGUCUUGCUUCGCAGUUUGAGGUGGGUACGGAACACAUGGUGAAAUCUGCUGUGUCUGCAGCACCUGGAGGCAAAACUUCUAGGUUCAACAAAUUUUUUCAACAAGAGGAGCCUUCGCGCAAAGUCGAACCACAGACAGCUAUACCAAAAGCAUCUUACAGACUUGAAAGUUUGAACAACAAUGCUCAAUCUCCGGCUGACAAGGAAGCAAUGCCAAUGAUACUUGCAAUGCUACAAUCCAGCGGAACUCCCCCCGCGAAUCCCAUGAUGCAGUCCAAACCUCCCUCGCAAGAAAAGCAACCAGGGACGCCUUUUGAAGGUCGCGACCCAACGCUCCAACACCUUCCAGAUCGUCAUGAUGAGUUGAGAUCGAAUGCUCACUCAUAUGCCCACAACCUACAUGAUCUAAGCGCCCAACGUGAACAGGCAGGUAGCCAACCAACUGUGCGCCCUGAAGAAAUGCUACAUCAUUUGGUCAACCAGCGCCAACAUGCUAUCAGCCAAUCCUCUUUCAGAGGUGAACAGCCUCGGUCUGAACAAACUGCAUUUCUCAUGAGCUUGAUGAGAGAUGCACAGGCAGCCCCAGAGCCUCAAAGAACGGAACAGAUUAUUCUUGGUCAUCCUCCUAGACAGCAGCCUAGUCGUCAAUUACAACACCAACAACAACAAUUGGAGCGGGAGCAAGAAUUGCAAGCUCAGCGCGAGCGAGGAAAUCCCCAGCGUCGGCCACCUGGAUUUUUUGAUGAACCUAUCUAUCGGGGUGGACCCCCUCCUCAGCAUGACAAUUCUCGACCUCAACCUACACACAUUCUUCCCCGACCACCUCCGGGUCUGGAGCAAUUACAGCAAGGUUGGCCGGGACAACCUUCCUCUCAACACCCUCCCCCUCAGCAAUUCCGUCCAGCGGCUCCUCCAGGUCUAGCCGGAAACGUCCCACGUCCUAUGCAAAUGCCCCAACAAAUACUCCCACCGGGUUUCCAGAUGGCUGGCUCAAUGAAUAAUUUUCCGCCUCCAGAGGCAUUAGCGGGACCUCGAAAUAUGCCAUUUAACCCUGCCUACUUCAAUGGCCCGCCGCCAGGCUUCCUGCCGCCUGUUAUGUCUCCAUUCUCCGCGGAAGGUAUGCCGGCAUUCCCUUUCGAUGCUCGUGGACCACCUCCUCCACAAGGUGCCUACAGACGCCAGUAA